AUGACUGUCGUUGCAACGCCACCCAGCUUCGCCAACAUCAACCGGCCGGCAUGGGGUAGUGGAAGCAACGGUCCCAUCAACCACGACGAGGUCAGAGGCAUGUUUGCUCCGCGCAAGACAAUGCAGCGGACAAACUCGUCGUCCUCCAUCGCCUCCAACUCGUCGACCUCGUCGACCUCGUCCACAUCCACCCUCGUCUCGUCGAACGGCUCCAUCAACGGCGGUCCUGUUGGUGGCGGCACGGCUACGCCCGUGGGCGACUCGAACGGCUUUCCCAUCACCACCUUGCGCAAGAGGCCUCCGCAAAAAUCAUCAUGGUCCACCAAUAGGCCUGCAGAAGGGCCAUCGGAUUUUGUGCGAGGCGGCGGGGGUGGACAGAUGCCGACCGCAGGGCUGAACGGCGCCUCCGCUAUGCACCAGAUGGCACCCUAUGCCUCAGGCCAGAUGCCCAAUGGAGCCAACGGACUCAUGGCCCGCUCUGCCGGCGAGUCGGCGCCUCCACAGAGCCAGCCGGUCCUGUACCUCAUCUCAUUGAACGGCACCUUUGACCGCAAGACCAUCACCGUUCCCUACCAUCCAGAGACGCUUCGCAUCGGCCGGCAAACCAACAAGACCACCACUCCGACGACUGUCAAUGGCUUCUUUGACAGCAAGGUGCUGUCGCGACAGCACGCCGAGAUCUGGGCAGACCGCCAAAGCGGCAAGAUCUGGAUCCGCGACAUCAAAUCCUCCAAUGGCACAUUUGUCAAUGGCACCCGCUUGUCUGCCGAGAACAGAGAGUCUGAUCCGCACGAGCUACAGACAAACGACCAGCUGGAGCUGGGCAUAGACAUUGUAAGCGAGGACCAGAAGUCGGUUGUCCACCACAAGGUGUCUGCGAGGGUAGAACACGCGGGCUUCAUCAGUCCAUCGAGCAACCUGCUGGACAUGAACUAUGGCGACUUGGACCCUGCCAACAACUCCAUGUUGGGGCCGCAGAUUAACGGCAUUCCGUACUACGGACGGCCGGGCAACCAAUCGUCGCAGGGCACGGCAGGCCGAAUGGCGCCGUCCACAAACAUGGCCGUCCAGGCCAACGGGGCCGCUCUGUCACGUAACUUGUGGCUUACCGGUCCCUCAACGGAGGCGAUUGUGAAGAAGAUUCACCAAGAAAUGCGUAACGCAAAGCAACAAUCCAACGAUCUCAUACGCACACAGGAGUUCCUGAAAACCCUGCUAUCGAAAGACGAUCUUCGGAACGACCCCAAACGCGACGAGGCUAACGGCUCACGAUCAUCGCUAAUGGUCAAUGGCAACGGCCUGCCCUUCCGGACAGACGCGAAGGCACGCUUCUCCGACCCCCCGGCGCCUCCGCCGCAGCAGCCUCUGCCGGAAAAGCCAGAUGUGCCAUCGUUGAAGCGCGGCAGCACAGAGCGGCCGAAGUCUGGGUCUUAUCCGAACUCAUCCCCUGCCAAGCAAGAUGCAGUGGGCCAGAUGAACCAGCUGUCAGAUGCAUUGAAGACGGCCAAACUCGAGAUCGACACUCAGCACUCUCGUGUGCGAGAGUUGGAGGAUAAACUACAGAAAGAACAGGAGGCGAGAAAGUCGGCCGAGGAGCUGGCACGUCGACUUGAGGAAAUGACGUCUGCUCGGCAUAUGAACGGGUCGGCAUCGGGCCUGGCUGGUCAAGGCGCAAUGCUUGAGGGAGCCUUUGAGCCACCGACCGCCGAGUCCGCUGCGGCGGCAGAAAGUAAAGCUGUGACAGGAUUAACUGCCGAGAGCGGCCAAACAGCACGUGAGCUGCAAGCGCUCACCAACGGCGGGCUUGCUGGUGACAGCGUCAUCCUCAGGAGUCAUGUCGAGUCCAUGGUGAUGGAGAUGGAGGGCAUGAGGAAGCAGCUGGAAGAAUUCCGGAAGCGAGCAGAGAAGGCAGAAGCCGAACGGGACGCCGACCGAGAGACGUUGGCGCAGAUGGUGAUGAGGAUCCGCGAGCGAGACGAGCAAGACGCAAAGCUGGCCGCAGCUUCAGGAAUAACCGGAUCCACUGUAGCGACACAGUCGACACAGACGAUCUCAAGAUCACUGUCACGGGGACGGCAAGCAUACAGCAUCGGCCUCUUCAAUCUGAGCAGUGUAGCAGAUGCCGAUAAGAAGGCAGCAUCAUCAGCAGCUGAUGGGUCGAAGCACGGCGCAGAAGUAAAGGCGUUAGUGGCCAAGUCCCAGACGGAGUCGCAAAAGCAGGGCGAGAAGACUGCAGAGGAGCGUCCGACACUGUCGCGCAUGAACACCAUCACGCCGACGUCCAGCUCGCUCACCAAGACUAGCCGCGAACAGGCAGUCGCUCAAGCCAUUCCAUAUGCAUCCAUGGUCGGCGUCGUCCUGUUGGGCGUGGGCUUGAUGGCAUACAUCAACGGCUGGAAGCCGCAGGCUCCGCGUCUGGACUGCUGA